AUGAAACAGUUCCGAUCCUCACAGGAAUUAGGAUCCCAUCGCCGGAUUUGCUCCGAAGGAAUUGGGAAUGUGGUGGCGGAGAGGAUUUUCCAAUGCAUGUACUGCUGCAAGGUGUUCGGGUCGGGUCAAGCUCUGGGCGGGCACAAGAGGUCACAUCUCACCGGCGGUGGUUCCUACCCUUCACUCCGUCCACCACCGCCACCUCCACCGGCUGCGAAAAUUGACAGGAAGAAGUACAGUUUUUUGGAUCUCAACUUUCCAGCUCCCGUGGAAGACGACGAGUUCAGUGUAGUUUCUGAUGCUUAA